AAGUCAAGAAAGUCUCUUGCUGUUUACUUUGUCGGUAUCCCUCCACGUUCACUAGCUAUGGUGGAGAAAGUACGGAAAGAGUCGGAGCCAGGGAGGGAACUUUACGCCGAAGACUUCUUUCUUUCAGCCCUUCGUUGUCUUCUUAGUGCCGGGCAGACGAGGGAGAGAGAACGUCGCGCCAGUGACGUCGCGGCCUGUAUCUCCGCCAUCUUAGCUGUGGACGGAGAGGCGGCAACUUUAGAAAAGCGGAGGGGUUGCGACCGUGUAAAUGCUGAGGCUGGGAGGGCGUGGGCUCUGGCUGGGCCUGAUCGCGGCGGCGGCGGCGGCGGCGGCAAUGGCUGCACAGCUGAUGGGCUGGUGGCAACCCCGCGUUGGCUUUCGCCUUUUCAUACCCGAGGAGCUGGCCCGCUACCGCGGCGGCCCUGGGGAUCCGGGCCUCUACUUGGUCUUGCUGGGCCGCGUCUACGAUGUGUCCUCUGGCCGGAAGCACUACGAGCCUGGGGCCCACUAUAGCGGCUUCUCAGGUAUUCCAGGCAGCUCACGCCUUUUCCCACUCUGACGCGGGCCGGUAGCCUCUGGAGAGAGUACUUCGUUCUUUAAUCUAUUCAUCUGCUUUUUUUCUCCGUGCAUUUAUGAGUCAGACCAGCGUGGGGGCCGGGCCCUGCUGCAUGCUCCUUCUGAUGUGUUUGAUGCGGUUGCGACCCUGACCAACUGUUAUCGGCCUCUACGGUCCCUACCGUUUCCCACUGCUCUUCUUAACUUAGGCCUCCUGUCUCUUGUUAGUUACCCGUUACCCACUGGCAGAAACCCCUGGAGACCCGCUUUGUGCCACACUGAGUGGCUGUUAGGGCACAGAGAUGAAUGAGACCCUGUCCCUGAUCAGAAACAGAAGCACUGUCAGAGAAUGAAUUAAGUUCAGUUGGUGUUGCCAAGCUCCAACAGUCCAGCAGUGGAAGGGGCUUAUCCAGGGCUACACUGUUGAGUUAGAGCUGAGACUGGAAUCAAGGAUUUUAUUUACCUGUCAGUUGAGGGCAUUUUUGAUGCAGUAUUCUGCCACACUCUGAUGCAGCUGUCAUGGCACAAAUGUGAGCAUAAAACCCUCUAUUUCUGGGGUGAUUUUUCUUUUGCAGCAUGCUCUACUCUCUGCUGAGUUCCUUUGUGCCCAGGAUUCAUUCAGUAUCUAUAUUGACCACUACCAUGUGGCCUGCCUUGUGCCAGGUGCUGAGGAAUCUGGAGAUUAUAACAUGCUUCCCACCUCAGUCUAGAAGGGAAACAGAUAAUUUUCAUUUACUUGUUAGUCAAUAUUUUUAUUAUUUUAAGAUAUAAUUCACUUAAAAUCCACCCUUAUAAAGUGUACAAUUCAGUGUUUUUUGAUAUAGUCAGUUGUGCAAAUAUCACCACUAAUUCCCAAACAUUUUUAUCAUCCCAAAAAGAAACCCCAUGUCCAUUAGCAGUCACUCCCCAUUCCCUCCUCCUUUCCAACCCCUAUCUGUCUUUCUGUCUCAAAAGAUUUGCCUAUUCUGGGCAUUUUAUCUAAAUGUAAUCGUGCAUGUGGCUUUUUGUGCCUGGAUUCUUUCACUUAGCAUAACGUUUUCAAGGUUCUUCCAUGGUGUACAGCAUGUUUCAGUAGUCCAUUCCUUUUUAUGUCCCACUAAUAGCUCCAUUGCAUAGAUCCACCACAUGCCACAUUUUGAUCAUUUAUUGUUUGUUGGACAUUUGGGUUUCCACUUGUUGCCUAUUAUGAACACUGUGAACAUAGGUAUGCAAGUAUUUGGGUACACAAACAUUUUCAGUUCUCUUGGGUAUAUACUUUAGGAGUGAAAUUGCUGGGUUAUAUGGUAAGUCUGUGUUUAGUUUUUUGAGAAACUGCCAGAUUGUUUCCUGAAGUGAUGCCCCAUUGUACAUUCCCAUCAUCAAUAUAGUAGAGUUCCAGUUUCUCCACAUCCUCACCAAAUUUGUUAUGGUCUCUCUUUUCUUUUUUUUUUUUCCACAGCCAUUUCAGUGGUUUUGAUUAUUUGUAUUUCCCCAUAACUAACGAUGUUGAGCAUCUUUUCAUGUGCUUAUUGACCAUUUGUACAUCUUCCUUGAAGAAAUGUCUAUUCAGAUCAUUUGUCCAUUUUUCAAUUAGGUUGUUUGUCUUUAUAGUUGAGUUGUGACAGCUCCUUUUAGAUACUGGACUCUUAUUAGAUAGAUGAUUUGCAAAUAUUUUCUCCUGUAAGUUGGCUUUUCACUUUCUUGUUGGUGUCCUUCAAUGCACAAAAUUUUUACAUUUUGAUCAAGUCAAAUUUAUUUUUCCCUUGGUUGCUUGUGCUUUUGUCUUAGUCUAAGAAGCCAUUGCCUAAAACAAUGUCACAAAGAUUUAUACCAAUGUUUUCUUCAAGAGUUUAUAGUUUUGGCUCAUUACUCAGGCCAUUGAUCUAUUUUGAGUUAAUUUUAUAUAUGGUAUGAGAUGGGGGUCCCAUUUCAUUCUCCUCCAUGGGGCUAUUCAGUUAUCUAAGCACCAUUUGUUGAAAAGACUAUUCGUUUCCUCAUUGAAUUGUCUUGGCACCCCUAUCGAAAAUCAAGUGGCUGUAAAUGUGUGGGUUUCAUUUCAUUCAGUUUUUACUGGGAAUAUACUAAAGAUCAGGCACUACCAGACACUGGGAAAUCAAUCCUAAAGGAGUUUGGUGUGCUCUUUUCCCCUCUCUACAGACUCGUAGAAAAGACAGACAUUAAGUAGUUGUCACAUAAACAGUUAGGGAAUUAUUUUUGUGACAAGUGUUAAAAGGAAAACAUUUGGUGUUACCAAAUGCCCUAACCUAGUGGGGGAGGAGGAAGGAGAGGAUGGGAGCCCAGUAGCAAGGCAAGGUUGAUGAUGGCUGGUACAGGGCCCUGAAUGGCCUUUUAAGGGAUUUGGAGGUUAUCAUAGAGCAAAAGGAAGCCACUGAGGAUUUUUUUUUUUUUGAGAGGGCAUCUCUCAUAUUUAUUGAUCAAAUGGUUGUUAACAACAAUAAAAUUCUGUAUAGGGGACUCAAUGCUCAAUGCACAAUCAUUAAUGCACCCCAAGCCUAAUUCUCAUCAGUCUCCAAUCUUCUGAAGCAUAACGAACAAGUUCUUACAUGGUGAACAAAUUCUGCCACUAAGGAUUUUUAAGCAAGAGAAUGACAUCAGUUUGUAUUUAAAUGAUCACUCGAAGUGUUGUAUAGAAAACAGGUUAGUGGGGAAAGAGUGUAUAUAGGGAUACCUACUGGGGGUUUACCGUAUGAUGGCAGCCUAGGCUUGCUUUAGUGGUCAAUGGAGAAAUGUAGACUGAUACAGAAAGUAUUUAGGAAGAAACUUUAGGACUUUAGGGACUGAUUGGAUGCAAGGGAUGAAAGGAGGUGUUAAGGACUGCCUUUCAGGAUUGAGAGACUGGUUGAUAUUUACCAAAAUAGGGAAUACUAGGAGAGACGCAGGUGUUCUGGGGCCAGGAGGCUGCUUACCAUUUGUUCAGUGUGGACUGUGAGAAGUAUACUCACUGGUCCAAACUCAGUAAGUGGACAUGGAGACAAGGAGAACAGCGGAGCGAGGCUUUAAUGGUGAUCUUGCAACAUCAGGUGCCUGGUUAGGAGCCACACCGAGGCAGUUGGAGCAAGUAAUCUAUUCCCUAGCAGGCUGAGACGCCUCCAGAGCGUUUGUGACUGGGGACUACUCUGAAGCAGGCCUUGUGGAUGAUGUAUGUGACCUGUCAUUUUCUGAGAUGCUGACACUUCAAAAUUGGCUUUCAUUCUAUGAGAAGAAUUAUGAAUUUGUUGGAAGGGUGAUAGGAAGGUUCUACAGAGAGGAUGGGCUGCCUACCCCAGAACUGAUGCAGGUAGAAGCUGUGAUUGCCGAAGACUUGGAGGCAAGUAAACAGGAUCUGAAAGAGAAGCAGAAGUUUCCACCAUGCAAUGCUGAGUGGAGCUCAAACAAGGGCAGCCGGUUCUGGUGUUCCCAAAAGAGUGGAGGAGUAAGCAGAGACUGGAUCGGCGUCCCCAGAAAGCUGUAUAAACCUGGUGCCAAGGAGCCCCACUGCGUGUGUGUGAGAACUGCUGGUUCCCCUAGUGACCAGAUGCUGGACAACCCUACACACAGAAAUCGUGGGGACUUGGACCACCCCAACUUGGAGGAGUUUGUAGGCUGCCCACGCCUAGCCACCACAUGCUCCUUCCCACUCUCAGCCGGUGCCCUGUACACUGAUGACCCACAGAGAACCCUGCCUAGAACCUGAUCCCUCUGAACAAAGCAGUUACUUAAAACUCCAAAGAAACAAUGCUGCUAUGUAAGCACGCGCCAUGGUCCUAUUUGAUGCCGUCAUCCCACAGUGAGCACCAGCUGCAUGGCCUGGAAGCCAAG